GCUGUGCAUGCAUCUUUAAGCCAGGAAAGCAAUCUAGACAGUACAAAUGGGGAAGAAACUGCUUGAUAGGUGUCGGUACCUGGCCGUCCAACUGUCUCCAGCCAUCCCCGUGUUUGCAGCAGUUCUCUUCUUGUUUGCCAUGGCCACACUCCUGCGAACAAGCUUCAGUGAUCCUGGGGUGAUCCCAAGAGCCCUGCCUGAUGAAGCAGCCUUCAUCGAAAUGGAGAUUGAGGCCACCAAUGGGACUGUGCCACAGGGUCAGCGCCCGCCCCCACGGAUUAAAAACUUCCAGAUCAACAACCAGAUAGUGAAGCUGAAGUAUUGUUACACAUGUAAGAUCUUCCGUCCGCCCCGUGCCUCUCACUGCAGCAUCUGCGACAACUGUGUGGAGCGCUUUGACCAUCACUGUCCCUGGGUGGGCAACUGCGUGGGGAAGAGGAACUACCGCUAUUUCUACCUCUUCAUCCUCUCGCUCUCGCUCCUCACCAUCUACAUCUUCACCUUCAACAUAGUCUAUGUGGCACUGAAAUCUCUGAAGAUUGGGUUCCUGAACACGUUGAAGGAAACCCCAGGGACUGUCCUGGAGGUGCUAAUCUGUUUCUUCACCCUGUGGUCAGUGGUGGGGUUAACUGGGUUCCACACCUUCCUGGUGGCACUAAACCAGACAACCAACGAAGAUAUUAAGGGGUCAUGGACUGGGAAGAACCGUGUGCAGAAUCCCUACAGCCAUGGCAACAUAGUGAAGAACUGCUGUGAGGUUCUGUGUGGACCUCUGCCCCCCAGUGUCUUAGACAGACGGGGCAUCUUGCAGCAAGAGGAGAGCACGGCUCAGGAGGAGACGUGCACGCGGGGGCCUGGUGCUCAGGAGUCCGCUGCUGCUCAGGGCCCCUGUGGGCAGCCAGAAGAGAGCAGUGCUCAGCAGAAUGAUGGCAGCCUUCUUCAUCCGAGUGCUGUCCCUGUGCCAUCCCUGAGCAAUACUGAGAUGCCAGAGGAGAAGCAGCUGCCGGCUGGGGAGCUCCCAAUCCCAUCCCAGGACACUGGGCAAGCAGAGCACUAGCCUCUGUUUGAAAGGGAGAACUUUCUUGUUUUGUCUAAUCAAAGCUGGAAGUGAUUGAGGAGAGGAGGAGAUGGGCUGGAUGGCAGGCAAGCGAUUCCUCAUGGCCAUUUUGCUUUAGUUGUUAUUCACCUCGAUUCGUAGGCAAGUGCGAGCUGGUGCUGGCCCUGCAUGGUGUCAAAGGAUAAGUGUGAGUAGCCCAUGUUGAUCAUUAAGGGGCACUCACCACCACUGAAGCUGGUCUCCCUGCAGGUCGAGGCAGGACCUCUUGCUCUGCAGGUUGUCCUCAGUGCUAAAAGCCAGCUCCGGUGGCCUGGUCUGUCCCUCCGUCUGGCCCCGACCCUCUGACCAGAUGACUUGUGGCUGAGCAGCUCAGAAGCGACAGUGGGGUUGGCCUGCUCCCUGCUGCUGAGGAAUCCUGGUGGGAAGGGGAAAGCAAUUAUGGCAGUAACGUCCUCUCUCCCCUCCUCCCUCCUUCCUCUAAUUUGUGGCAUUGUUUUAUUGGUUAACGUGGCAGGGGUUGUCAGGAGACAUUUUGGUGCCAAAAGGGCCAAAACGACUGGGGAGGUGUUCUACUGACAACACUUUUUAAGGUAGCUUCCUUCCCGUACUCCCUCUUUUAAUGUGACUUAGCAGGUGCGAGAGCAGUCAUGGCGUGGAGCCUCCCUCCCAUCUUUUCUCUGGGGCUUGUGUGUAACUGAGAGCUCAGGAGAAGGAGGGGGGCAGCCCGCCUUCCUGCUGCCACCCUGUGCCUGCCACAGGACGGUUAUGCGAGGGCUGUGUUGAGCAGAAGGGGAGGGUCUGCCUGUGUCACUCACUCUCUUACCAGGUGCAGGGCAGAAUUUGUUCCUGGGUGCCAGCUCCGAGCCCAGGUGCUCCCUCCCCCUUCUCUGCAAGGUUGUGGCACACCGGUCAGCCCCUACUCUGUGGAAGCUCAGCCCUGAUUCCUACCUCCUCUCCUCUCUUCCCCUUGUUUCUCAGCCAUCCUUGACUGGCUUUCAGGGUUUUGAAUCUUCUCUAGGCCUUGCUGGCUGCUCUGGGACUAGCUGUUCGAUGUCAGCCAUCUGUACCUCCCCAGGAGAGAAAGGAGAUGCUGGGGCCAAGCAAUGGUGGGAAACUUCUGCCCUGUGGCAGGGAUUCCCUUCCAUUGCGGCAUUCCCAGUCCUGGGCCUAUUGAUGCCUCUGGCGGUUGGGCUGGGGUGGCUUUGUGUCUGAGUGGCGAAGCAAGCUCUUCCCCACAAUGAUUAGAGGUGGAAGAAAAAUCAUUUUUUGUACUGGCGUUCUUCCAUUCCCUGCCUUGUGGGGCCAGUUCUUCUGUGUCCUUGCAGCCAUGAAGGGAGUGAGUGACAAACAGGCUGUCACAGGAGGGCCUUGUCAGGGCAGUCCUGCUUGUUUCUCUGGGAUGCUUCUGCCUCCAUCGCAGGAGACCUGUUCCUCCCUUCCUGGCCUCACACUUUAAAUCACUUUCUACUCCAAGCCGCUGUCUUGAAAGAGGAGGGGGAGCCUGUGGACCCUCUGGAGCCCUCUGUUUGCCUCCCAACUCAUCCCUCUUUCCUAGCCCCUUGCAGUGUUGACCUGCACCUUGCCGGGUAGCGGGUGAAAUGGUGUUAAUGUGGCCAUUGGUGCUGCCCUCUCUCCCUGUCCUGCUUUACAGGAGUGCUGAGGACUUGCCUCUUUGGUGAGAGGUCAGAGCUGCUGCCCUGGGGUUGGCCGGCUAAUUUCCACCUGGCUUGGCCCUGCUUCUGGCGUGAACUGCUCCCCACAGGCUUCUACCUGGGAAAGAACCGCUGCUGUCCCACCUUGAGCAGGGCUGAAACUGCUCCACUUUCCAGCCAUUGCCAACCUUCAGCCAGAUGGUCAGACCCGUCCUGUCCCUCCUGGCAAGGCACAAGCCAGGUUUGGAGUCCUGGGGCUAGCACCACCACCUGCUGCUGGCCCUGGGGUGCUGUGCCCUGCCCCAGGGUGUGCCCCUCCAUGUUGGGCUCCGAGGUGGGAGCCACCCCCACCUCUCACAUCUGCCCCAACACGCUACUGACCAAAUCUCAAACUUGUUGCGAAAAAAUGUAUUUUUCAGUUUUACUAAUCUAUUUUCUAACGCAAUGUGUCGAGUGCUGCCUGUUGGGGCAGUCGCAGAUGCUGCCUGCACCUGUGGUUCCUGUCUGCUCUGUUCAGGUUCUCUGUGAAGGAAGUUUGGGUGGGGGAGGUGGGGGAGUUGUUUUGGGGCUUUUUUUUUU